ACUUCCCAGGGAAGUAAUCCAGGGCAGUAGGGAAAGCUGCCCCCAGUCCCUGAGCACUGGCUUAGCAGGUGUCGUGGUUGUUAGGUGGGCCACCUAAAUAGGGGAACCAGGCGGCCUAGCCUCUGUUUUUCUCCCUCCUUUCCUUCUGUGUUCCUCAGGGUUCAUCCGCUCCCCCGGAGUUUGCCUGAUACAUUUUCUUCAAGAGCCGAUCCCCAACAAGACUGAAUUUUCCGUCUCCAUCCCUGCAGAUCCAGGCAGGAGCCUUCAGUUUGCUUGGUUCGUUUCUCAGUUUUUCCCUAGGCUUCACUGUUUCAGAGCUAGAGAACGUUUCUUUGUCUUAAAAUUCUCAGGCACUCUCCCCCAGUAUACACGGUCCUGACUUAACCGUGGCUUGAUUUUCAAAUUUUCAACUCUAAGGUGAUGUGAAAGUGAGGCACAUUCAGUAGAAGCCAGACCUUGAGUUUUGAAUUUGGAUCUUGUCUCAGGUCAGCAGUGUGCGCUAUGAUAGUCUCUCGUGAUGCCAGGGCAGCCGCAGCUCCCAGGCGAUCGCACAUCGUGAGGGUAAACGGCUGGUACACUUACAACCGUUCUGGUUUUCACUUCCAGGACAGUAUGUGGUAAAUUACAUGAGACUUCAACACUUUAUUAUAAAACAGACUUUGGUUAGAUGAUUUUGCCCAACCGUGGGCUAAUGUAAGUGUUCUGAGCAUGUUUAAAGCUAGUCGAAGCUAGGAUUGGUAGCUUGGGUGUAUUAAAUGCAUUUCAACUAGGAGGUUUUUAAUUUAGGAUGGAACCAUUGGGACAUCACCCUCUCAAAAGUUGAGGAAGAUCUGUAUAUAUCCAGAAACAGGCACAGUCAAAAGUUGGAACAGCAUCAGUAUUGUAAUACUAGAAAUCUCAACUCCCCACUAGAAAUUGCCAUGCCUGCAACUGUUUCUCUGGGGUUACAGGAGAGGGGAGGCCCCUCAUCUGCUAGUUUCCACAGAGUGGCGGGUGGCAGCACUACCUCUCAGCCCCACCUCCUCCCCAAAGGUGGCCCCAAAUCCCCUCUGAAAAGGUAGGGUUCAGAUAUCAGUCUAACAACCUAUGAGACAUGGAGUGGGGUGGAGAGGGUAUGGGAGUCUUAGAUCAAAUGUCUUGAAUAAGGCAGGACCAGGUGUCCCCAGUACAAAACAGCUGGGAAGGACCUACCAUCGACUCCCAUUUUGGAUUAGACCAGCGCCAGGCACGAACGAAGACUGUCCACAGCAUUUGGAUUAGUCAUGGCAGUGAAGAGGAGAAGACACACAGCGCAGGCUGUGCCUGGCAGGGAGUCUGGAGUUUCUGGUUUCCCAGUUCUGGAAGGCGUGAGCCAGGGGAGGGGCCUCCUCGUAGGGGGAGGGCGGGAGUCUGGGGCAGGGCCCCAGUCAGCUAUGCAAGGCUGUGCAAGCAGAGGCAACGCAGAACAGGAGGAUCCCAGCGGCCUCCUGGAACUCAGGAGGGUAGAUACCCGCGCUUUGACCGGCGACGUCCACACUCCUCCCAAGAUCGUAACUCGCAUUUGCUAUUCUGAGGCCUCUGCUUUUCCUGGACCCCAAGGAUGGAACCACUACUAGGAGUGAAAAUUGGCUGCCUGUUUGCCCUGCUGGUUCUCACCCUGGCCUGUGGCCUUAUUCCCAUCUGCUUCAAGUGGUUCCAGAUUGAUGCCGCUACAGGUCGUCACCGCCGGAUCCUCAGCCUCCUGGGCUGCGUCUCUGCUGGUGUUUUCCUGGGAGCCGGGCUCAUGCACAUGACCGCUGAAGCCCUGGAGGGAAUCGACUCCGAGAUCCAGAAGUUUAAGAUGCAGGACAGAAAAGGAGGGAAACGCUUCUGAUGAUUCUGAAUCAGCUCAGAUGGAGUAUCCCUACGGAGAGCUCGUCAUCUCCCUGGGCUUCUUCUUCGUCUUCUUUUUGGAGUCGCUGGCGUUGCAGUGUUGUCCUGGUGCUGCUGGAGGAACCCCAGUGCAGGAGGAGUGGAGUGGGACCCAUG